UCAUGAUUAUAUUGUACAUAUACUAUAAUGGAUUACCAUGUUUUCACCAUCAUCAUCAUCAUCAUCUACGAGGGCCAUUAACAGUUCCCACCACAUUACAUGAGAGCAUAUAAAAAGGAAAGCUUCGCUCCCUUCCCUUCUCAAACCCACGUUUUUCAAAUUCCUUCUCCUCAACAAAAGAGUGAGAUACAGUUUUAUAUCAAUAUGCUUCUUAGGAUCAAAACCCUCCUUCUUCUUUUCCUCUUCCUCGUUUCUUCGUCUUCAUCAUCGUCGGGCAUAGUUGAACACUCCAUCGACCGUGGAGGUUCCAUGCACGAAAUACUCUACGAGGUUAAGAAUAAGAAAGUGAAUAUGGAUCAUAGGAAGCUCAUGUUCGAGUCGACACUCGACUACGACGAUGCAGGUCCCAAUCCAAAACAUGACCCCAGAAGGAAGCCCGGCGGCAAGCCUUGAAUAUAAUACCAAACUCAUCAUGCUAUGUCAUAUUAUAUAUAUUAUAUAUAUAUACACACGUACAUACAUAUGUAUGUAUGUGUAUAACCUAAACUGCAUAGAUAUAACAUAUCUUUUCACUAUUAAGAUAUACAGUAUAUAUGUAUAUCCUUUUUCUGAGGAUGAGAUCAAUGUACAACGCCUUUCGGAACGUGUUCAUGUCGGGAUAUAUAUAUAUAUAUAUAUAUAUAUAUAAUUUAGGGUCUGUUUCUUGUGUACUUGGACUCUGGGAUAUUAAAUAAAGAGGUUAUGGUA